AUGCCCGAGCCUACGCGACUCUUUGCAGUUGCUGCAGACAACUGGAGCCCGGCACCAACAGCAGCACCACGAUUCAGUAUCUUUGGCCGCGAUGCUCUGCAAGCGAAUGAAGGCAGCACGUUCGGCUACGUUUCCGGGCUGUCGGCAUCACCAGUAGCCUGCCCCAACUCACAGAUAUGGGCAACAAACACAUACUUUGGUGUUCACGGGUGCUGUCCCUCUUCCAACCUCUCAGCCUGCACUAUCCACACAACAUGCAUCGCCUCGACCGCCAUGAGCGCUUUCUGCACGGACGAUGCGUGCUCAUCGAACAGCGCAGCCGCGAAAUGCACCGCCAGUACAGCACAAGAAUGUUACAAAUACCUCAUCGACUACGGCUCGACAAUCAUGACGCAACACGGCUGCACAUAUUCUGGGUUCACAAGCACGAUCCCGCACACCUACGGCCUGACAUCCACACCCUUCAUUAUUAUCACGGUCACGGCCCCGCCGGUAAGCACUUCAACCUCGAUUCGAACCUCAUCUUCAACGGGGAACUCGGGAGGAGAGAAAAAGCAUUCCCUCGGCCCUAUCGUAGGCGGCACAAUAGGCGGCUGCACCAUUCUCUCGCUCGUCGCCCUCGCCGCAUUCGUGAUCCACCGUCGCCGCUCCAAACUCAAGACUGCCCACCGCGCCGCCCACCCACCGCCGAUCUCGCAGUACCAGCACGACGGCCCGACCUUCGACCCCCACGGCUUCCAGACCACGAACGGCUGGACCGAGCAAGACAUCAAGACGUGGCAGCAUACCGCUGGCGUUGACAGACCCGCUACCGGGCAGUACGUCGGCGUGAGUGAGGUCCAUGGCGAGGAUAGAGCGGUCGAGGUCGAGGCCCCCGAGAAGACGAAGAGUGGACACUGGACCGUGCCGGGCGUUGCGCCAGUCGAGGCCGAGGCCCGGCUGGUGCGGAAAUGA